AUGAUAAAAGGAACUAUUGCCACUAAUAAUAUGGUUAUCAAACACGCGGAGCAUCCCACUCACAGUCUGUGGCCAUUACUUUUAGAAAUACUUAAAAAUAAUGGGCGAAAAAUGAUAAAUAGAAAUGGCAUAAUUUCUAUCAAUUUUGAUGAAUCACUAAAAGAUAUAGAAUACACAAUGUUGAGUUUGAUUGAUUUUAAUAAAUGUCGAAAAGAGAAAAAGAUGUACAUAAACAAAGGAAUAAAUAGCUCAUUGGAUGAAAAAACUGAACAACUCAAUAGUAUCCCAGAAUUUUUGACUCACGUUGCAAGAGAAGAAAUCGAAAAAUUAUCGGAAAUAUCAUGCGAAUGUAAUGUCAUAUUUAUAGCACAACUAGGGUAUUUAUUAGCUAUUCCAACGAGUCAAGAAGUUGUAAAUAAUAGUAUGAUGUAUAAUGGACUAGAAUUAAAAUUCGUGAACAAAAGCUAUGCCCAUUACAAAAAUGAGAGGAUGCGAAAACUAGAUGAAGAGUUGGGGGACAUAAAUAAGGAUAUUAAUGAUAUUCAAUUAAACAUUCUUCAUCAAUUAGAAAACACAAUAUUGAAAAAAUAUGAAUUAUUGGGUAUCAUUGCUGAUAUUGUAGCAGAGUUGGAUUGUUUGAUAGCUUUAUCGAUAAGUGCCAAAGAAUUUGCGUUGUGCAAACCAUUGAUAACAAACAAAAAUAUUAUAUGUAUCGAAAAUGGAAGGCAUUUAUUACAAGAAAUCUGCACUACUCAAAUAGUGCCAAAUUCAACAUAUAGCACAGAAGAUGAAGGAAAUAAUUUUAAAACUAAUUCAAUCAUGGGAAAUUCAAAUAUGUCUUCUUCGACUAAAUCUAGCUCUGUUUGUCAUGAUUCACAAAAUAUACUAUAUUCUUCUAUAAAUGAUAAGAAUUUUCUUAAGAAUAGUCUUACUAAGAAUGAUUGCGAAUGUGAAUUAGACAAAAUAUCUUAUUCGAAUAAUGGUAAAAAGGUUAAAAUAAUAACUGGCGCUCAUGGAAGCGGUAAAAGCAUAUAUUUGAAACAAAUCGGUUUAAUUGUAUUUAUGGCGCAUAUUGGGAGCUUUGUACCGGCCUCUUUGGCAGAGAUAGGUGUAAUAGAUCAAAUAUUUACUCGCAUAUAUUCUUAUGAUUCUGUAUCAUUAAAUUAUUCAAUGUUUAUGAUGGAUAUAUCGAAGGUAAGUCAGGCAAUAAAUAAUGGUACUGAAAAAUCGUUAGUUUUAUUGGAUGAAAUUGGAAAGGGGACCAUUCCAACAUCUGUCUAG